GCUGCGGAAGCUGGGGAAGGGCCGCGCCCAUCCGUGGCAAAACCGCCGUCCCGACAUGAGGAGCGGGCAUCUCAUAGUUCAUGUAUGUGCUGAUUGAGUGAAUGAAACGCAAGAGUGAAGAAGAAGAAUUGCAAGGAAAACGAGCAAAGAAAAAAAAAAGGAGAAUCAUGGCUCUGUUCCCCUCUUUUUUGUUUGUUGCCGCCAUCAUUCCCUUUUAUUGCUGUUCUGCCUGCAAUGUCUCGUUUGCUUCGCUUGCAUCUUCCUUCUCUGCCUUGCCUGCCCUGCCUGCCUUGCCUCUCCUUGCCUUGCCCGCCGUAAGAUUUUAUUUUUAUCACAACUGCUCGUAUUUGCACCGCUGGCUUUUACUGUCCCGUAGAUAAGCGGUUUUUGUUUAUGCCUGCCUUGAACUCGUUACUGCAUACGCAUUCGUUCAUACCUUGUCAACCUUGUCUUUGUUACUGAAUCUUUCCCCAACACCACACUCCUUGCUUACUAUCCAUCACAGUGUCCGCCAGCGGGAGGCUCAGGUACGCCGAUCCUCGUAGCCUUCCAAGUUUCCCAUCUUCCGGUCUGAGCCCGGGUGGCGCAGCUGC